GAGCUGUGGGGAGUCCCAGGCAAACCCAUCUUUCCCUCUGCCCCAAAGCCUUGUCUGCUCUUUGCAGGAAGCUGGGAUGAGGGUGGAGGCCUAGGGAAGGCUCUUAGCUGGGAAAUCCCUGCUUUUUAUUUAGUUACAUGUCAGUUGUUUCAGUGGAGACACAUUGUGACCUCUUGGCAAAACAAAAAAACCAAGCACUGUUGAGUGGAUUUUGACUCUGACCGACCCUAUAGGACAGUGUAGAACUGCCCCAUACGGGUCUCAAGGUUGUAGUCUUUACGGAAGCAGACUGCCACAUCUUUCUACUGCAAAGCAGCCAGUGGGCUUGAACUGCCGACCUUUUGGUUAGGAGCUGAGCACUUAAACACUGUGCCACCAGGGCAACUAUGCAUGUAUAAAACCAAAAAAAAAACCCCUUUAUUGUCAAAUUGAUUCUGACUCGUAGCGGCACUGUAGAACUGGAGCACCUGAUGGAUUCGAACUGUUAACCUUUUGGUUAGUAGCCAGGCUCUUAACCACUGCGCCACCAGGGCUCCAGAACCACUUUGCAAACAAGUUACAGAGUAGAAAAGAAGGUAGCAGAGCCCUAUGUCUGAUCCUACCUGUUCAGCCUCGUUAAUGCUUUUUUUUUUUUCCUCAUCUUAAUGUUUACGGUAUAAUUAGAGGGCCCAUACAAUUUUUUAAUUUAGUUUUUUUGCACAGUAAAUGUGGUUUGUAAUGAAUAGUUAUAACAGUUUUUAACUGUUAUUGCUACCUUGAUAGGACUGGGAGGAACAUACAAGGAAAUUUGGUUUGCAUAAAACAAGGAGUAGUUCCCUAUCCCUUUUAUUUUUAAUGUAAUUUUUUUUAUGGUUUUCAUUCUUAUUUUAUUUUUUUAAUUGGAAUAUAAUUCAAAUACCAUAAAAUGUACCCUUUUGAGUAUACACUCCAGUGAUUUUUAACAUUGUCAGAGUUGUGUGGCCAUCACCACAUCUGGUUCUAGAACAUUUUCAUCAUCUCAGAGAGAACCUCGAGCCCAUUAGCAGUCACCCUCUGUUCCCAGCCCCACCCCAGGCAACAGUUAAUCUACUCUCUGUCUUUAUGGACUUGCCUGUUCUGGACGUUUCACAUAAAUGGAAUUCUACAGUAUGUGGCCCUUUGUGUCGGGCUGCUUUCACUUAGCAUUUGGAUUAGUUAUCUCCACUUUUGGGCUGUUAGGGAUAAUGCUGCCAAAAAUGUUUGUGUACAGGUUUUUGUGUGGACAUGUGUUUUCAGUUCUCUUGGGUAUAUACCUGGAAGUGGAAUUCCUAGGUCAGAUGAUCACUCCGUGUUUCAGUGUUCGAGGAAGUGCGUGCAGGACUGUUUUCCAGGACCAUUUUCUACAGCGGCAGCACUGCCCUACAGUCCCAUCAGCAGUGUCUGAGCAUUCCCCUUAUGGGCUUGUGUUGUUAACAGUGUUGCAAUCCAAGGGCCCAGAAUAUUUUGUAUCCUGCUCUGUGCCUUCAUAACACACCACGAUUUUCCUGAUUUUCCUGUUUGUACAUAGUCCUUGUAAACCCAAACCUGUUGCUGUCAAGUCAAUUUCGACUCACAGGGACAGAGUAGUACGGCCCCAUGGGGUUUCCAAGGAUUUAAGUUUAUACGGAAGCAGACUGCCCCAUCUUUCUCCAGAGGAGGAGCUGGUGGGUUCGAACCGCAGACCUUUGGUUAUCAGCCAAGUGCUUAACCUCUGCGCCACCAGGGAUUCUUAUAGUCCUUGUAGCUGUCAAAAGAAAAAAUCAACUUUUAGCCUUUUUUCCUUACUUGCUGCUAGUUGCUGUUGAGUGAGUUCCAACUCAUGGCAACAUUAUGUAUAAUAGAACAAAACAUUGUCUGGUCCUGCGCCAAGUUCAUGAUCCUCGCUUCUCUUUGAGCCGUUUGUUGCACCUGUGGUGUCAGUCCAUCUCAUUGAGGGUCUCAUUUUCACCCACCCUCCAGUUUACCAUCCGUGAUGUCCUUUUCUAGCUGUUGGUCUUUCCUGAUGGUGUGUCUGAAGUAAGUUAGUAAGUAAGCCUCACCAUCCUCACUUCUAUGGAGCAUUCUCCUGUACUUCCUCCAAGACAGAUUUGUUUGUUCUCCUGGCAGUCUGUGGUAUAUAUUCAUUAUUCUUUGCCAGUACCAAAAUUCAAAUGUGUCAGUUUUUCUGUCUGUUUCACUGUUCAGCUUUCACAUACAUUUGAAGUGAUCGAAGAGAGCCUGGCUUGGGUCAGGCACACCUUAGUCAUCAAAGUGACAUCUUUGCUUUUUAGAACUUUAAAGAGGCCUUUUGCAGUAGAUUGCCCAAUGCAGUAUGUUCUUUGAUUUCUUGGCUGCUGCUUCCAUGAUUGUUGAUCCAAGUAGAAUGAAAUCCUUGACAGCUUCGACUUUUUAUUACGUAAUUAUCAGUUAACCAUAAGAAAGAAAGAAAAAAAGGAGCCCUGUGGCACAAUGGGAAACUCUGGUGGCAUAGUGGUUAAGAACUACAGUUACUAACCAAAGGUCAGCAGUUCGAAUCCACCAGGCGCUCCUUGGAAACCCUACAGGGCAGUUGUAAGCUGUCCUAUAGGGUCACUGUGAAUCGGAAUCGACUCAACGGCAACAGGUUUUUUUUACAGGUGGCACAGUGGUUAAGUGCUUGGCUACUACCUGGAAGGUUGGCAGCCUGAACUAACCCAGUGGCUCAACAGGAGAAAGACCUGGCAGUCUGCUCCCUUAAAGAUUACAGCCUAGGAAACUCUGUGGGGCAGUUCUGCUCUGUCACAUAGGGUCACUGUGAGUCAAAAAUUGACAACACCCAACAACAAUAACAACAAAGAAAACUAAGAAAAUGAAGAUAAACAGAAAGAAAUUUCAAAUAGCUCUUCAUCUUAUCAGCAGGAGAUGGCCACUGUUGGCCGCAUUGUCACUGUCAUUUCUGAUGGUGGUGCAACAUUUUGUGGAAUAGUUUCUGUACAUAGCCUACUUAAACUGUUUCCCAUCCCUGGGCUGGUGGGUGUUUUCCGAUGGUUCCCCUGUUUUAAAGCUGCCUUGAUGGACGCUUUUCUAUAAGAAGUGCUUUCCAAGGUUUGGGUUUCCCCCUUAGAUUUACACUGGAGAAGCUGAGCGGCCUGGCCACGUGUGUUUGUUCAUGACUUUUCAACUAUAUCGCUGCCAAGUUGUACAAGUUUGUCCUGAGUUGUACAGAUUUAACCCGAAUCUCUCUGCCCAGCUCUUAGCAUGCUGGGAGGGUGGGGAAAAUGCGCACUGGGCAGAGGGAAGCCUGUCUGUCCUUUCCUGUGUGGUUUUUGCCACUUCCUGAAGUGGGCUGGUGGGACUGGGUGGGUGAUGGGGUGGAAGUGUUGAGGUUCAUUUUUUGGCCUAUCUCUCAGGUCUCUGCUGUUUUCAGAUCUGUUGAGUUGUGCGGUCACUCACCCACACGCCUACUUUCCUAGAGAGCUCCUGUCUGUGCCAGGCGCUGUGCAGGCACUGGGCACCCAGCAGGUGCCAGGACGGGAUGCUGGCAUGGGGCUGGUGCAGGAAGUAGGCAGACUGAGAAAGCAGCAGGGUAAGGGGUGUCACCUCACAGUGGGGAGGGUUGUGGAGGGGAGAACAGGGCAGAAGUUGGAAGGUGACAUCUGUUUUCAAACCCUGGCCUAGAAGGAGGUGGUUGUGAGGACCUAGAGGAGGAGAGGUCCAGGCAGGGGUGUGGAGGGUGUGGAGUGUCGGGGGUGGGGAGGGGUGGAGGCACCAUCGCAUCUCCUGGGAGACCCUGCAGUGACUUGGGUGCCUGCCUGGCAUGGUCUGUGCUGGGUAAGCCCCACUGCCCCUGUGACCAUGGCUGUUACUCACGUGCUCACUGCUGUUGCUACAAGGGGCCCUCAGGGUCUAGCCCUACCUGCCUCUGUGAGCCUCAGUCUCCCUGUCUGUCACACAUGUGUCAGGACCUACUGCACUUCACAUUCUUCUCCCCACCCCCCGCCACCGCAACCGUCUCCUGUUGUUCCCUCCUCCAUUUGCUACUGCCCCCCCUCAGGACCUCCCUGCGCUCCCAGGACUGCAGCCUAUGUCUACUCCAGGGCCUUUGCACUUGCUGUCAUGCUGUCUGCAUCGCUCCCGCCACACACUGUUCAGUCUGGCUCCUCCUGUGGCUCUUUAAAGAUCCCCUCAGAGAUCUGCCCCGACUUCCCUGCUGAACUGGCGGCCCUUCCCCUUCCUCCCUCCUCUCCUCCCCUCCUGCCUUUCCUUUCCGUUCCCUUCCCUCUCCUCUGCACCUUCCUUUCCCCCUUCCCCUGAGUGUCGUUUCUUCCAGACAUUUCUGCUGUGUGAAAUCACAUUUUCAUUGGUGUGCUUGUUUGUCAUCAGUCCAUCUCACCCACCAGGGGACUGCCCCCCAGGCAGGGACUUGUUCACCAAGGUCUCUUCUGUGCCAGGAGCAAUGCCUGGUCCCUGAAGAGCUCCGUGCCUGUGGGAGGAGGGGGUUGCUGGGACUGGCUGGGAGGAAGGACUUCCACAAUGUGGAAGGGGCCCUUGGGCUCGCCCUGGGUGCCCUUGGUGGCCCUGGUCCUGCGUGGGAUAAUAACAGCUUGCUGGUUGUUCUCAUUAGGCUGCAAUAAAGAUGGAGUCAGAGAGUGGGCGGGUGCAACUCUUUAGAAGUCUUCAGUCUGCUCUCAGUCCUGUAAUUAGCCAGAACAGGACCGCUAGUCCCAUUUGACAGAGGGAGGAGGGCAAAGAGAUCAGAGGUGGUGGGUAGGUGGACGAGUCAGUGUGAUUCUGCCACUGGAGAGAGUGUCCAAUGAAGGCAGGUGCCUAUCCUCUCUCUUUGGCUGGUCCUGUGCCUGCUCUUCUCGGCUCCCAGUCAGCCUUUAUCCCACGCACAGUUCUUCAGGCCCAGGAGUGCCAGAGGAGCCACUGGCAGGGGUGACGAGGGUGGUCUGACUGCUUGGAGCCUGCUUGCACAUGUUAGCUCAUACUCUCAGGGCCUGCGCUGUGCUGGGGUGAGCUCCCUCCUCCACUCCGGCCCCUCUGAGGGUCUGCCCAGAGCUUGGCCACUUGCUGCUAGUCCCCGUGCCUGCCCGCUGCCACGUAGCUGCGCUUCAGCCUCUGUUCCCUUUGGCCAUGUUCCCAUGUGCCCUCGCCCCACAUCCUGAAUGGUCUGUUCGCUGCCAGCCAGGCCAAGUCUCCGCUUUGCUCCUCCUGCCUGCAGUCCUUUCCUGGCCUAGGUGGUGCCUGAGGCCCUGCCAGACCUGCUCCUGGUCUGCUCUAGAGGUCCCUGAGGAGAAGCUGCUGCUUCCUAGGGCCCAGGCCUUAGGCCCCACUGCCCUCGGCCCCACCACCCCCUCCCUAGAGCCCCUCGGUAUUGCAAACAGCUUACGUACUUUGCUGCUAACCGAAAGGUUGGGACUGAGUCCACCCAGAGGCACCUCAGAGAAAAGGCCUGGCAAUCUACCUCUGAGAAAUCAGCCAGGGCCCUAAUAUAGUCUGGGAGCCAGAAACUGGACCCCACUGAGUCCUGCUGGACUAACAUGCUUUAGAGGAAAAUGAGGAGAGCUCCUUUGGAGAACUUGUGUGCUUGCCCGAGGCUCCUCCUCCCCCUUUAGUCCCAUCUGGCUCUUCACUCAGAUGUGUCUGUGUGAGCUUAUGAUGUCGUGUAACACCUGUGUGAGUUUAUGACAUCAUAUAGCUCCCGUGUGAGUUCAGGACAUCAUAAAAUACCUGUUUGUGACAUACAACACUGUGUAAAUUUGGUUUGUCAUAUAACAACAGGGUCUUAGAUAGGGUCUUAGAUUGACUCUUGGCACAUAACCCAUUGCCAUUGAGUUGGCGGCCCCAUGUGUUAACAGAGUAGAACUGUUCCAUAUGGUUUUCUUGGCUGUAAUCUUUUUUUUUUCCCCCUGCGCUAUAACCAUGAUUUCAUUUUAUUCAACUUAAUGUCAUUUCAUUCAUAAAUAUUUUAGUAUGUAUUUCGAAAAAAAUAAUGCUUUUUAAAAAAUUUUUAUUGUGCUUUAGGUGAGAGUUUACAGUUCAAGUUAGUUUCUCAUUCAAAAACGUAUGCACAAAUUGUUUUGUGCAAUCCUUGCAAUGUGACAGUGCUCUCCCUCUUUCCACCCCAGGUUCACUGUGUUCAUGAGUCCUGUUUUCCUGUGCCUUCCUGCCUUCUUGUCUUUAUUGCAGGCGCCCAAUUGUUGCCCAUUUGGUCUAGAAUACUUGAUUGAACUAAGAAGCAUGUUCCUCAUGUGUGUUAUUGUUUGUUUCAUAGGCCUGUCUAAUCUUUGUCUGAAAAGUGGGCUUUGGGAGUGGCUUCAGUUCUGAGUUAGCAGCGUGGCCAGAGGCCAUGGUCCUCUGUUCUCUGUCAGACCAGUAAGUCUGAUCUUUUUUUGUAAAUUUGAAUUUUGUACUUCAUAUUUCUCCCACUUUGUCCAGGACACUCUGUUGUGACCCCAGUCGGUGGUGGAAGCUGGGCACCAUCUAGUUGUUCUGGGUUCAAGUUGGUGGAGGCUGUGGUUCGUGUGGCUCUUUAGCCCUUUGGACUAAUAUUUUCCUUGCAUCUUCGGUUUUCUUCAUUCUCCUUUGCUCCGGACGGGAUCGGACCAAUAGAUGUAUCUUAGAUGGCCUCUUGAAAGCUUUUAAGACCCCAGACACUACUCACCAAAGUAGGAUGUAGAACAUUUUUUUUUUAUGAACUGUGUCACACCAGUUGACCUAGAUGUCCCCUGAGACCAUAAUCCCCAGCCCUCAGCCCCAGCAGCUUGGUCUCUCAAGGUGUUUGGGUAUAUACAGGAAACAUCUAUAAUUUUGCCUUGGUCUAGUUGUCCUGAGUUCCCCUGUAUUGUAUGUUGUCUUUCCCUUCACCAAAGGCUUGGCUGUAAUCUUAAUGGAAACAGCACCAGGCCUUUCUUUUGUGGUACCCUUGAGUCGAUUUGAACUGCCAACCUUUAGGUUAGUAGCUGAGCACAAACUGUUUGCGCCACCCAGAGACCCGUUGUCUUACGGGACCCUGACAUGGAGCUGCGGGAGGAGGCCUGGUCUCCGGGGCCGCUGGACUCUGAGGACCAGCAGAUGGCCAGCCAUGAAAACCCAGUGGACAUCCUUAUCAUGGAUGACGACGAUGUCUCUAGCUGGCCCCCAACCAAGCUGUCUCCGCCCCCGGCGGCGCCCCCAGCCGGCCCCCCGCCCCGGCAGCGCCCGCCCGCACCCUACAUCUGUAACGAGUGCGGCAAGAGCUUCAGCCACUGGUCCAAGCUGACGCGGCACCAGCGCACGCAUACGGGCGAGCGGCCCAACGCUUGCUCCGACUGCGGCAAGACCUUCUCGCAGAGCUCGCACCUGGUGCAGCACCGGCGCAUCCACACGGGUGAGAAGCCGUAUGCCUGCUCCGAGUGCGGCAAGCGCUUCAGCUGGAGCUCCAACCUCAUGCAGCACCAGCGCAUCCACACAGGCGAGAAGCCCUACGCUUGCCCCGACUGCGGCCGCAGCUUCACGCAGAGCAAGAGCUUGGCUAAGCACCGGCGCUCGCACAGCGGCCUGAAGCCCUUCGUGUGCCCGCGUUGUGGCCGUGGCUUCAGCCAGCCCAAGAGUCUGGCGCGCCACCUGCGCCUGCAUCCGGAGUUGGCCGGGCCUGGCGUGGCGGCCAAGGUGCUGGCGGCUAGCGUGCGCCGCGCCAAGGCGCCCGAAGAGGCAGCAGCGGCAGACGGCGAGCUGGCCAUCCCGGUGGGCGACGGCGAGGGCAUCAUCGUGGUGGGAGCGCCGGGCGAGGGCGCGGCGGCGGCGGCCGCGGCCAUGGAGGCCGGGCCCAGGGCACCAGGCCCCCGCUCGCGGCGUGCCCCGGCUCUGAAGCCCUAUGUUUGCCUGGAGUGCGGCAAGGGCUUUGGGCAUGGCGCGGCGCUCCUGGCGCACCAGCGCGCGCAGCACGGGGACGGGCCAGGGGCGGCGGGCGGUGAGGAGCCAGCGCACAUCUGCGUGGAGUGUGGUGAGGGCUUCGUGCAGGGCGCUGCACUGCGGAGACACAAGCGGGUCCACGCUGUGGGUGCUCCCGCCGUCUGCAGCAGCUGCGGACAGAGCUUUUACCGCGCAGGCGGUGAGGAUGAGGGCGACCAGGAGGAGGAGGAGGACAGCAUGAGGUGCGGCGAGUGCCGCGGGGAGGCCCGGUAGGGGCGGCGGCCCGGGGGCAUGGGCAGGCUCCUCGGGCUCCCCGGGCUUGGCAGGGAUCCAGAGACCCAGGGGAGACGGACAGAGGGUGUUGGCGCCCACCCUUGUGCCCCCACGCUGUCCACGUGGGCAAUGGGGACUAGGGGAGGGGGUGCUUGGGCACGUUCACCUCUCCCCUUGGACUGCGCCCACCCUCUCCAAGCCCUACUCCUCCUCCUAGCCUACCCUUUCCCGGUGCUCGGCCUGGGAGCCUGAGGUCGACACCAUGUGUGAGAAAACUAGAGACCAAGAGACAACAAUCCACAAGCUAGACACCGUGUGCCCUCCUUCUCCCGGCGUCAGGGGUGCUGCAAGGAUCGGAGAGAACCCAGCUGUUUCCGUGUGGAGGGAUCCUAGAGGGGAAGGGGGGCCCCUGUUCUCUCUUAGACUUUCUUUUAAUCAUACCCACCCCUGACCUAUCCUCCCCCCUUAUGUUUUUCUCCCCUGCGGGUCCCCUUGUUUUUUCUAGCCUGAGUCACUCCUCCGCCUCCAGGGUUGGGGUAGCAGAAGAGUGAAGAAGCAGAACCGGCCCCCUCUUCAAAUGUAUCCCACAAAGAGUGGGGUACUGUCUCUUCCCUGGCCUGGGCAUGGUGGGAGAAGGGGGGCCGGGGGCAAUAAAUGGCACUAUCCAAUUGUCCCAGCACUGUGUGGUUCUUGAGUUGGGAAAGGGGAUAAAAGACCAGCUCCUCACCAUGAGUUGCUGCAGAAGUGACCUGGCCUGGGGUGACAUCUGUGGAGAAGGGUGAUCUUGCUUGCACCAGGUGUAGAUUGGGCCGUUGGGUGGCUGUGUAGCUCUUGGAAAUGUAACCCACUGAGCCACCCGCAGUGAGAUCCGGGCCACAGAGGGGUGGCCAUACUGACCCCAGUAUCCUGAAUUACAGCGUGGCCAGGCCCAGGGAGCCUCUUGCUGGCAUAGACCUGGAGUAGAUUAGUCAGAGUAACUCGGGAUCCAGAACAAAACAAAAAAAGCCUUUUGCUAUCAAGCUGUCUCUGGGUCAUGGUGCCCCCAUGUGUGUCAAAGUAGAAAUGUGCUUCAUAAGGUUUUCAAUGGCUGAUUUCUGGAAGUAGAUCGCUGGGCCUUUCUUCCAAGGUGCCUGUGGGUAGACUUAACUGUCUGCAGCACCUGGGAACUACUAACGGACAAAAACAGAAACUCAUUGCUGUCAAGUUGGACAGAGUAGAACUGCCUCAUAGGAUUUCCAGGGAACACCUGGUGAAUUUGAACUGCUGACCUUUGGGUUAGCAGCCGUGCUCUUAACCACUGUGCCACCAGGGACAAAACCAAAAAACCCAGUGCCGUGGAGUCGAUUCCGACUCAUAGCAGCUCUAUAAUACAGAGUAGAACUGCCUCAUGGGGUUUCCAAGGAGCAGCUGGUGCAUUUGAGCUGCUGACCUUUUGGUUAGUAGCCAAGCUCAGGCUUCUGAUGGACAAAAGUAUCCACAAAUUCCCCGGCUGCCCAAUG